GUUGUGAUCACCCUGGUGCUCGUGGGCACGGCGCUUUCCGUCGACCCGUACCAGCCGGAGCCCGCUUACAAGCCGGAGCCCGCUUACCCAGAGUUCUCGCCCAGCCGGCGACACACGGCCAAGUACGCCUUCGACUACGCCGUGGCCGACGAGUACUCUGGGUCGGACUUCGCUGCCGACGAGACGCGCGACGGAGCGAGCACGACCGGCUCGUACCGCGUCGCCCUGCCCGACGGCCGCGUCCAGACCGUCACCUACAAGGUGGACGGCGACUCUGGCUUCGUGGCCGAGGUCACGUACGAGGGCGAGGCCCAGUACCCCGAGACGACGCAUCAGGCGCCGACCUACAAGCCGGCCCCCGCGCCCUACAAGCCCGCCCCCGCACCCUACAAGCCCACCCCAGCGCCCUACAAGCCCACCCCCGCGCCUACAAGCGGCUGCGGUCUGCUCGGCCUCCGGGCCGUGUGA